UGCAAAAACCCUAGGUGUGGGGACAGAAGGGAACCAGCCAGAAGGUUACAACAGGUCAGGAAUAAAUAACCACCAGGCGGAGGAUCCCUGAUUCUGUCCUUCCUUUUGUUGGGUGAGGAGCGCCAGGCAAACGCGUCCACAAAGGCUUUGGAAGGAAGAGGUUCGACCGUCCACACCCGGCUCCAGCCCCGGUGGUACAGGCAUGGAUGGGAAGAAAUGCAGUGUAUGGAUGUUUCUACCUCUUGUAUUUACUUUGUUUACUUCAGCUGGAUUGUGGAUAGUGUACUUUAUAGCUGUGGAAGAUGAAAAAAUAUUACCAUUAAAUUCAGCUGAAAGGAAAUCUGGCGUGAAGCAUGCACCAUAUAUAAGUAUUGCAGGGGAUGAUCCUCCUGCGAGCUGUGUGUUUAGUCAAGUGAUGAACAUGGCAGCCUUCCUAGCCCUUGUGGUAGCUGUUCUGCGCUUCAUACAACUGAAACCAAAGGUUUUAAACCCAUGGCUGAAUAUUAGUGGAUUGGUGGCGCUGUGUCUGGCUUCCUUUGGAAUGACCUUACUUGGUAAUUUUCAGCUCACAAAGGAUGAAGAAAUCCAUAAUGUGGGAACCUCCUUGACUUUUGGAUUUGGCACAUUGACCUGCUGGAUCCAGGCUGCAUUGACACUCAAAGUCAACAUCAAGAAUGAAGGACGGAAAGUUGGAAUUCCGCGAGUUGUUCUGUCAGCAUCUAUCACUCUCUGUGUAGUCCUUUACUUCAUCCUCAUGGCCCAAGACAUCCACAUGUACGCAGCCAGGGUCCAGUGGGGCCUGGUCAUGUGCUUCCUGUCUUACUUUGGCACCUUUGCCGUGGAGUUCCGGCACUACCGCUACGAGAUUGUGUGUUCUGAGUACCAGGAGAAUUUCCUGAGCUUCUCAGAAAGUCUGUCAGAAGCUUCUGAAUAUCAAACCGACCAGGUGUAACCCAUCAGGUUCUCUGUGCUGGUGAGGUGGGUGUGGCAAUGGGGAAGGGCCCGUAGGACACACUCACAGGACGUGAGCAUCACCUCUUGACACAUUGCCCACACACACACAUACACAUGUUCGUGGCCACAUUUGCCAAAUGAGCUUUUCAGGGCGAGUUAUUUCUUUAAUGAAAAAGCACAAGCCCUUCCUUAUGUGUCAAAAUUCACGCUGUUACACUGAAAAUAUAUGCACGACAGAGCCAGAAGCUUGUGCAUGAUCACUUCUUGGUCCCCUCCUCCUCUCAGUAUGCCUUGCUCGUCUUAUCCUCUUUCCAACACCAUCUCUCCACCACAGAGGGGGUGGGAGGGGGGAGGCAGAUGGAACAAGAGAAUAAUGCCAACUCCCUAAGUUGCCUUCAGGUCCAAAGGGCUUGGAACUAGCUCACGAGGAAGCUGUGAAUCUGGCUCUAGUUCUUGAAUGGAUGAGCGUCACCAAAUUGGAUGGACACUGUGGGGAGAUCUGGCCCUGUGUGGCCUGGAAAAGGCACAGCUAUCACUUUCCACCAAUGCACCCUUCAUCAUUGUUCAGUGGUCGGCUGUGUGGGUCUCAGGAAAGGAACAUGCUAGACUGGAAGAGGGGAGCCCACCUGGAUGAUCUGGACUUGAUUGACUGUGCCUGAGAAAGAUCACCACUUGUGAAUACUUCUAGGGACAUGGUCU